GUGAAGUUUAUACAAUGAAAUGUUGUUUUUAUAAUAAUAAAUAAAAUAGAUUAAUAAAUUAUUUUCUUUAUAUUUUUGUUUUUAGAGAAUAUUGAAUCCUCCUCCAGUCCAAUUACAAUCAAUGAUCGUUCGGACAAUAGUAAUUCACCACAUCUCACCAUAGCUGCCAGUGUCCUACAAUGCUCUUCCGACACAUCCCUGCAUCGAAACAGUCAUUCACCCAAGGAAAUUUGCAUGUCCCCAGAUGGUGGAUUAUCCGCCAAUCAAAGUAGCAGCCUUAGCAGUAAACAGCGUCGAUCCCGUACCAACUUUACACUCGAGCAAUUAAACGAAUUGGAAAGGCUUUUCGAAGAAACCCAUUAUCCAGAUGCGUUCAUGAGGGAAGAACUAAGCCAACGAUUGGGCCUUAGUGAAGCCCGUGUACAGGUCUGGUUUCAAAACAGAAGAGCAAAAUGCAGAAAACAUGAGAACCAAAUGCAUAAAGGAAUUCUACUUUCAAGUCAUAGUCCACCGGUGUCAACCCCAUUAGAACCUUGUAGAGUUGCACCUUAUGUUAAUUUGCCAGCUUUAAGGAGUACAACAAAUUCAUCAUCUCAAUCGGCAAACAGUACAGGUUCAGGAGGUCAGCAUUUUGGUUCAACUUCAGCAGCAACAGCAGCAGCUUUUUCAGCAUUUGAUCCUGCAUUAAUCUCAGCUGCAGCACAUCAGUAUGCUGCUGCUAUAAGUAACAACUCCAGUGGAUUAUUUCCAAUUCCACAGUAUCCAAUUAAUUUGGCAGCCAUUGCUGCAGCACAUAGUAAAAGUUCGAGUAUAGCUGAUUUAAGAAUGAAAGCGAAGAAGCAUGCAGAAUCGUUAGGUUUAACGGAGAAUCCAGCUUAAAAUUUAAAUAAUAUUUACGUAUUGUAAGAAAAAAAAAUGUAUAAACUAAACAAAACUAGAUGUUAAGUCUUUUUAAACUUAAAACAAAAUAAUUAUACAUAAUUCUACAAAUGUAAAUUUUUAGGAUAGAUUUAUUAUUAUUAUUCUGCUAUUAUAUAAAGAAAAUAAAUGAUUAAAUGUAAAUGUAUUUAGAAUCCCAUUAAGAUUAUUUUACGUUAUCUUUAAAACUGGUAAGUCUUGCAAAAAUAGACGUUAACUUUAGUAUCUUAUAGUUAUAGAAGGACUAAAGCAUUCCUGGGAUUUAAUUUUGAUACCUAUUAAUCGAAUCAAUAGAUGGAAACGUCAAAAUAAAUUUGUGGAUGAAAUUAAAUCUAACAAUAUUGUUGUUUAUAUUUUAUCUGAUUUUAAAGUUAUUUUUGCCUAUUUAAUUUUUAUGAAUUUCUGUGCUUUUAAGAUAAGAAUCCUGUCAAAUUAUUAUAAAACAAUACUUAAAUGACCAGAACUUGUCAUAACUAUAACAGAGAUUCAGAGUUAUGGAACAGACCUAUGGUGACAAGCACAUUAUAUUUACACGAUGCAAUUGCAUUUUAUUGGUUGCU